GGCCGCCGUCGUUGCCGCUCUCAGAGCGAGGUCGUCGCGGAGCCCGAGCCGGAGCCGGAGGGAGCGGGGCGGCGGCGGCGGGAGGAGCGCGGCGCAGAGUUGUUCUCCGGGCCGAGGGGAGCGAGCCGCCGGCUGCGGGCCCGGCUGGCGGGCAGGGGAGGGCAGGGGGCAGGAGAGCCAAACUAAACGCCCAGCGGCAUCCGCGGCCGCCCGCUUUGUUUCUUUCUUUUUUUUUUUCUUUUUUUUCUUAAAAUUAUUUCGAAAGAGAAACAUCACUGUGUUUUUGGCACGCUGCUCCGCGUGCGGAGUUGUUUUCCGCGCACCGCUGACAAACAAAGGAAAAGGGGGAGGGGGACCGCGCUUCGCAGAAGACAUGCGUUCCGUCAGGAAGAGGUGGACUGUGUGCACCAUAAGUCUCCUCCUCAUCUUCUACAAGACCAAGGAGAUAGCGCGCACCGAGGAGCGCCAGGAGGCUCCGCUCGCCGGAGAUGGUGAGCUGAGUUUGAGUCGAUCAAUGAUCAAUAGCUCUGAUAAAAUAAUCCGAAAGGGCGGCUCCGCUAUCUUCCAGCAUUCUGUAGAAGGUUGGAAAAUCAAUUCUACUUUGGUACUGGAGAUAAGAAAGAGUAUUCUUCAGUUCUUGGAUGCAGAAAGAGAUGUCUCAGUGGUCAAAAGCAGCUUCAAGCCAGGAGAUGUAAUCCAUUAUGUACUAGACAGACGUCGCACCCUAAACAUUUCUCAGGAUUUGCACAGCCUUCUUCCUGAGGUUUCCCCAAUGAAGAAUCGCCGAUUUAAAACCUGUGCUGUAGUUGGAAAUUCUGGCAUCCUUCUGGACAGUGGCUGUGGAAAAGAGAUUGAUACCCAUGACUUUGUUAUAAGGUGCAAUCUAGCUCCUGUGGUGGAGUUUGCUGCAGAUGUGGGAAAUAAAUCUGAUUUUAUUACCAUGAACCCAUCAGUUGUACAAAGAGCAUUUGGAGGCUUUCGGAAUGAGAGUGACAGAGAAAAAUUUGUGCAUAGACUAUCCAUGCUGAAUGACAGUGUCCUUUGGAUCCCUGCUUUCAUGGUCAAAGGCGGAGAGAAGCAUGUGGAGUGGGUUAAUGCGUUAAUCCUUAAGAAUAAAUUGAAAGUGCGAACCGCCUAUCCAUCACUGAGACUUAUUCAUGCUGUCAGAGGCUAUUGGCUGACGAACAAGGUCCACAUCAAACGACCCAGCACUGGUCUCCUCAUGUACACCCUUGCCACCAGAUUUUGUGAUGAAAUUCACCUGUAUGGAUUUUGGCCAUUCCCAAAGGAUUUACAUGGCAAACCAGUCAAAUAUCAUUAUUACGAUGAUCUGAAGUAUCGGUACUUUUCUAAUGCCAGCCCUCACAGGAUGCCAUUGGAGUUUAAAACAUUAUAUGUAUUACAUAACAGAGGAGCACUUAAAUUAACAACAGGGAAAUGUGUACCACAAUAAAGCACAUGUGAAGUACAGUAACAAGUACAGAACAUGUUUUUCAACAUAAGGUUGCUGUGGAAUGGCAGUGGCAUCCCAGUGAGGAUAUGUUUCAAUAACCUUUCAGCCAUUGGAAAAAUGAAUUUUCUCAGAAGUACAUAACCAGCUAUUAUACCUGCAAAGUGCUAUAAAACUAAGCUAUCCAAGGGUUCAAGUAAGUGCCACUUUCACUAAGAACAAAGUUUGAAUGUAUACUCAGUAGUGUUUACAGUAUCCAAUGAUACAUUCAUCAUGGAUUAAAGAAGAAAAAUAUAGCCUGCUUACUGCUGGUUUACCACUGUGGUCAGAGAGCCCACAGAAGACAUCACCUGUGGACAGAAUAUUUUCUUCUGCAAAUAAACUAGGCUUUGGCAGAAAAAAAAAUCAUUAUGGAAUUGAGUGGAGAAGGUGAAAUCCAUAAAAUAAAACAAGUAAAUACAUUCAGUCAGGGGACUGUUUCUGAUCUUGUAUUAUAACCUGAGCUUUUGUUGCUGUUUUUCUUACGGCUGUUGGUUGGGUUUUGUUGCUUUUGAGUAUUUGAAUCCUUAAAGGAUUUUGAGGAUGUAAUGAGUGAUUAAAAGUAAAUAUUUUAUGGAAUUGUCUUAGGAAAAAAAAACCAGAAAAAAUAAACACAAAAAAAUGUAAGAGUAGAAGUGUGGAGGGAAACAUAAAAUACUUUGUCAGUUGUUAUUGUGUUGUAACUACUGUCACACGACUCUUAACCUCCCAAUUGUUUUUCUAGCUACAGCUGUCGAUACAUGGAAGCACUCAGAGAUAAGUCAUUUUGAGCCAUUUUUUAAGAGUGUUUCUGUUGUGUUCCGAUUUGAAGACAUUUACAAAAAGGUGCCCUUAUUUUUGGUACCAAAGAUUACUCUUAUCGUGUAUACACCUUUUCCUUGAAGAAAUAGAGUAGAUUUAGUAUGAUGUUUCUUUGCUGCUGAAGGGAACAUGUUUAAUUUUUUGAACUAAGCAUCUCAAAAGUGAAGACUCUUUACUUACUUUGCCUAUAUAAUUUCAUUCUUCAGAAAAAUCUCCAGGAGUAAAUAAAUUAUUUCAUACAUUCAAAUAUAUAUGUGGUUUUUAUUCCUAAUUGAUUGGAAAACACAAAGUCUAAAGAAACUCAGGUGACAUAGCGUAACGUGGUUAAAGAUGAAGUCAUGGCCAAUUAAAUGGAAAAUAAAUGAGCUGUAGGUCAAAGAGAUCUUUUAAAUCUCAUGUUUCUAAUGGUGUUGGAUGAUAACUCUGUGUAGUAUACCUCUUUUCUAUCAGUUUGAUGUUCUGAUGUGUAAUUCUCUGAAAAAACAGCUGCAUUAUUUUACACUCAUUUUUCUGAGCAUCAACUUUGUUUAUCUAUGACAUUGUGAAUUCUUUCCCUCUCUUUCAGAAAAACAAAUAAUUUACAGGAAGGCAAGGGAGGGUCAGUACAACAUAUAAUAAUAUACAGUACAUGUGUGCAUAUGAUAUGUUUUAGCUCUUCAGGAGCAAGUGAAGUGAAAACACUGUAAUUCCACCCUUUUCAUGUAGGGCUAGACUGAGGAAGUGGCAUGCAGACACCAGGAGUAUUUUCUUCUUAUGUUUUCAGCUCUAGAUUAGAUUUUCAUCUCCAGUGAUGUUUAGUGGAUCUGUUGUAGUUUGAGCAAUUAAUAUGUACACGGCACUAACAAAUAUUACUCGUUAAAAGCACCACGUGGUAACUAUUUUUCCUUGUAUGUUCACAUGUAUUUCAUCACGCAUGGCUAGAGGUCUGUGAUUAUGCAAGUUUGGUAGGUUAAAUCACUGCCUUGCAGACAGUUUUGCCAAAAGUUGAUGGGAAACAGAAAAUUGUUAUACUUUAUCUAGGACACAGUAGCAUCUUUACUUAUUCACCUGUCUUUUCUACACAGGACAAUUUACUUCAGCUGUAUACAAAGAUGUGGGAUGCAGUACUAACUGCACACCACUGAAACAAAGGCAUUGCUAGGAACUAAACAGCAGUGCAGGGUGGAAUGUUUCAUUUGUUGUUGAUCAGCUACAGUGAGUUCUAUAUACACCAUGCAAACUUGUAGUUUAGGACAAGAUAUUUCCUUGAUAGAAGGUGGGCUUAUUCCUAUUGUUUCCUAACUGCUAGUGUCAAAUUUUUAAAAUGCAUUUCAUAUACAUUGAUUGACUUUCCCUUGAUGAAUUCACAGAUGCUAGUCUCACAGAAGCUCAGAAGAAUACCUAGUAAGCUUUAUCUGUUCCUCUGGGAAUGUUUUUUCUUCAAAGUAGUGUCAGGCUAUCAACAAAAAGAGAAUUCAAGUCAACUAAAAUACAAACUGACAGAAUUGUUUUAAUUACACAGAAUCAGACAGAAUGGUUGAGUUUUGAAGGGAUCUCUGGAGAGUAACUGGUUUAUAAACAGGAAGAUAGAUGAGGAAGCUUACCUUCGGAAGCCAACAGCUGAAGAAAGUUUUGGCCUAAGCUUGUUUUACAAGAUUCACAUUUUAUUCUCUGUAAGUGAAAUCAAUUUUACUAAAAAAGACAUAGAGUCCAAAUUUCCACCUCAUUAUUAAGGUCUGAUAGAUCGGGGUGAUUGAAGGCAAGGUUUCUCCAAGGUGGCUUGACACAUGUACGUCAGCAGCGCUUGCUUCCAAGGCAACAUUAGUUUUGCCAUACCAUCUCAAAACUAGACCUAAACCUUCAGACCUUCCAGACCUCAUAUUGCAUGCUUAUGGUAACAUGAGGCAUGGUCUCAUGGCACUCUACCCUUAUCUGCAGUCCUUCUCAAAGAGCCAUCCACUUGCCCACGCAAGUCUCCACACAGAAAGUAUUUUACUCCUCACUAACCGAUCUUUUGUCUCACCUUGGUUGUUAGCCCUGUUACUACUAGGCAGCCAUAGCAGUGGACUCAUUGCAAACAUCCUUUCUCACCUUUCCUUUAGACCUGGCUCUGUAUUGCUGUGGGGUCUUUGUACAUGUAUCUCCAGGCAUUCCAGGUCAUGAAAAAAGAAUCUAGGUCCCCUGUAUGACAUUUUGCCUACAGUUGACCUGGUGGAGAAGUGGAGGUACUGCAAAGGCUUAGCAGCUGUAUAGGGACUUUACAGUGAAAUAAAUUUGACCUAGUGGUCCUUUUCAGUGCAGCAGUGAGCAGCUCAAACCUCCAUAGCUGACUUCUCAAUUAUGUGCAAAAUUCUCUUUUUUAUAAAUAUUCAUACCUCCUAUGUUGCCUAUCGGAUAACAGACUUUAUUAAAAUUAUUACUUUUAUCAUCCAACACUAUCCACAACUAUUAUGAAGUAGAUAGGAUAAAAAGAAAGAACCCUAAUAUUGUGAUGAGAUCUGCCCCAUUGAGGAUCAUCUGUGGAAUACCCAUUGACUGAGUGUUCAUCAAAUUUAUUGUCCCAUAGGCCAUGGUAAUUGCCAGCCAUACUUCCUAAAUAUAUGUUUAAAAUAAGAACCAGGAGCUACAUCAGGACAGCAGUGUAUAUUUUUCCAAAUCUCAUUGCAGCUCUACAUUAAAUAAUGCAAUUUCAUUCAUAUAAAGUUAUUAUAAAUUGUUUAACAUCCUGUAUAUUAAUGUUUCUGUGGCAGAGAGUCUUUCUCCUAUAUUUCAUAAAGACAAUAGAUAAAUACCUUUGAUUGGUAAGUUUUCAGCUUUGGGACAAUUUUUUAUCCCCCAGCUCUGAGCCACUCUCCACUGAACCUUUCAGACUUUGGCUGGUUUACACAAUCUGAUGUCUAAUAAAAGCUGUAUCAUUAUUUUGUUGAACAAUAGUAUGAUUGUGUUGAACACCAGUAUGUGCUUGAGGUCAGCACUUCUUUUUUUUUUUUUUUUGCUUUCUUUUUUUUUUCAUUGAUUACAAUUUGAAGAAGAAUAGGUGUGGGUUCAGAACAUUUUAUUAGUGUUUGAUCUAGAAAAGUGCUGAGCACUCCUUGCAGUGACUUUCCUGGGAGAGAUGUGUCCAGGAUUUAGAUGGGGAUCUAGAUUAGCAUAUUUCAGGAUAUUAAUCUGAAAUUGCACGUUAUUUAUUUUUAAGAGCACUGUUACUUUGUGUAGGGAAAAGCACAAUUGUUCUAAAUGUAGAUAAAAUAAAGGAAGAGUGUUUACAGAGAGCAUCAUUCCUGCACAGUACUACUGCUACUGAGCAUAUGUAACACAAUUUCUGUGGUUUAAAGUAUUGAUAUGUAUUCUGUCAGAAUUGUCAUGUUUGACACUUUAAUAUUAUUCCAAGUACAGCUAUUGGGGAUUGUUUUCUUAUUUGUACAACUGUAAAAUAAAUAAUUUGUUUUCAUUUUUCUGCUA